GAUACCUGUAAUAGAUAGAGGAAAACACCUUUUCAAGAUAUCAGUUGAUUCGCUGAAUACUGCAGAACUUGUGUAAAAUAUAAAGAAAAUAUUAGACAGGACAGGUUAGACAAUAGUGUGAUAUUUAUACCCUAUAAAAGUUGGUUGUAAAAAAAAUGAUUCAUACGCAGAUUCAAUUGCAAUGUAUAUUCGACAUAUAUAUGAGGCAUGCCCUAUUCAGACGUCCCUUCAAAAAUUCUAAUGCAUUCACAUAAAAUCAUCUUUUGAAACGUUUGAAUUAUUUUUUUUCUGGGGGGUGUUGCACAAUAUUUACUCACGAAAUUUACUUUCUUACAGAGGACGUUUUUUGCUUAAAAAGGUGGAACCUCAGCUCAGCAUUCGAAUAAUCUCUUUUAUCAAUGGGAAAUACAACAGCUACUCCUGAGGACAAGGCGGUCCAAGAUCAGCCAAAACAAAGUAAAAACCUACCACAAAAAGGAAAAAGCAAUGAGUCUUCCUCCACCUUAUCAGCGAAUAAACAAGAAGUCCAUGCGCAAUCUUCUACUCACUCUUCGCGACUGAAAUGUGCAAUGUGUUCGAAUCUGCACACACUCCAUUCUCACUGUAAACAAUGUGGAAACAUCUGCGAAAACUGCUCCAAUUUCCACAGAAAAGGAAAUGCUUUCAAGGACCACGAAGUGAUAAAUAUAGCUCUACCGAAGGGAGCAAAGGCCAUUCCUUUUGAGAUAGAAUCCUUGCAUGAGCACGAGUUUAUCAAAAGCCCUAAACCGAUACUUCAUGAAUCACCAUCCGGUUUAACACCAUCAAAACCCAAAAAGAAGAAAGGGAUGAAGCCUGAAUCGGAUUCUUAUUCGAAACAGAAAAUGAAGAUUGUAUUACCGAUGGUAAAUGACAUAAAGAAAAUUAAGACAGAAAAAUCAAUUCAGCCAGAAAAAUCAGUUCAGCAAGUUGUCCUCAAAGAUGUUUUCACCAAAACGACACAUAUUGAAUCUCCAUCCGGUUUAAAAGCAUCAAAUUUUCCAGAAAAGAAAACGAAAAAACAGGAAUCCGAUUGUACUUUCAUACAGAAUAGGAAUAUUGCGUCACCGAUGAAAACACCUUCUAUUCAGCAAGAAAUCCUUGGAAGUAAUUGCUCAAAAACUUCACUUGAUGACACUCCAUCUGCAUCGUUUAAACCUCAAGAGAAAAAAGGAAUAAAGCGGAAGUCGGAUUCCAUUACUUUAAAGGAAAUGGGAAAUGCUGCUUGUCCAAAACAUAAAACAUAUAUAUUGGAUUUAUGUUGUCGGGAUUGCAGUGUAGCCAUUUGUUCGCAGUGCUUGGUAACCAAUCAUAGUUGUCAUACAAUUGGCAAUAUUGAAGAAUUUUUCCAAAAUAAAAAAGCCAGGAUUGAAAGUGAUUUGAACUUAAUUCAGAGUCACAUAGAGCAAAGGGAGAAAGCAAAACAAAAGAUGAUGGAAGAGCAAGAAAAGAUGGAACAAGCAACCGGAAACGUGGUAAAAGAAAUUAAGAAUAUUACUGAAAAGAUGCAAGCCAUCAUUCAGCAAAAGGUCGAAUAUUUAAAAACACAUACAAGAGAAAUCAAGAAAAUGGUUACAUCAAGAAAGGGUGAUUUUAACAAGGAAAUAAACAAAUUGGAAACCCUGCGUAAAAAAUGUCAAGAUGAACUCAAUACAAAGGAUUUAGGAGCUGUUCUAUAUAGGAAGGACAAGAGCCAUUCGCUUGAAGAUUACCAAAUGCUUCCCAGUUCCUACAAAAUCACACCGGCGACAUUUGUUCACGGAGCAUUAGAUCUCGAAAUUAUCAACAGUUUUGGUACCAUUGUUCCAGCCACUAUUCAAGAAAAAUCUAAUGCAUUCGAUGCAGAUCCGAUGACGAUUCCAGAAAAGAAGAAACAAGCAGUUGAUAAUGCAUCUCAAUUGCUCAUCUCGACAGCAAGAGCUCCAACAAAACAAGACGAAGAAAUAUUGAGAGAAGCCGUUUUUCCAAUUUAUAUGGAACUUGGCAAGAAUAUUCUGUAGAUAUAAUCAUUGUCGAGUAGUCGUUUCCUGAUAAAGUUUCAGAGACCUGACAAAGAAAAAAAUAUUCAUUAAAUGUUGAUGAUAGAGUGAUUAAAAAAUUUUAUUAGCAUGAUAUAUGAAAUAAAGACAGACUUAAUAUAUGUACAACGUAAUAUACUUAUAAUAUUUUGAUUUUUUUUGUUGCUGUAAUUUCUUGCUUGAUGUGUUUCAUAAUCAUUAAAUGAAAUCUAUUAGCACAAA